AUGGGUUUACCCCCACAGGCCAGUCUCCGUGCCAUAUUUAAUGGCACGGAGGUGGAAGAAGAUAAGGAGGUAGAUGUGGUCGGAACCUGCGCAUCGUUCUGCGAUCCAGAUACGUAUCCUAGUGCUGAGCGUCUUUUAGACCUGCCUAGAGAUAUGGUUGUCGCUGUGGGACUCCAUCCGAAGACGAAGUUUCAGAGCUCCCGAAGCAUGGAUGACUGUUUCCGUCACUUGCGGAAACUAGUCCAGCAUGACCGGAUAACCGCAGUUGGAGAGGUUGGACUGGACCACAGUGUACCGAUGAGGGACUGGCAUGACCAAAUGGUACACCUAAAGAAGAUCCUACCCUUAGUGACGACCAGGCAUGUGCUCGUACUUCACUGCCGUGGUAUGAGCCAUGACAACGGGACUGAGGUGUACAUGCUUCUAUUGAGUCUCGUGAGACAGGGAGUGUCGCAGGACCAGAGGAUAUAUCUUCAUUGUUUCAAUGGAGAUAGGUAUGUCCUGGACCAAUGGACUACGGCAUUCCCAAACCUCUACUUGGGAUUCACCCGACUCGUAACCUCAUUCUCUCCACAUCAGUCAGAGGCACUUAGGAAGGCGGAAGAGGGACGGAUAUUGCUGGAGACCGAUGCCCCGUACUUUUCCGUUCGGGGGAGACCAUGGUCAGCACCAAACCAGCUAUACUCCGUAGCAGAAUCUGUGGCAGCUGUACUCCAGAUGACCCCAGAGCGACUCCUGGAGAUCACCACAGCCAACGCCAGGAAACUAUUCCGCCAGACUUGCCGGUUGUUACACGUGGUACUCAACACCGUUCCGAGAGUUUGCCUGGUCCACACAGCUACUUUGUUGGAUAGUGCACCCGAGGACGCCAAACCAUUCCAUGACAUUCCCGGGCCAAGAGGCAUAUACAACAUACCAUACCUCGGCACAAUGUUACAAUUCAAGCCGUUCACUGACAUUGGUGCCCGGGAUGUAGAAAGCCUUCUACGGACGUUCCGGGACCGGUACGGGGACAUAUCGAAGUUCCGGAUGGGGAGUGACUACUGUGUGUGUAUUUCGUCACCCGAGCUGUGUCAACAGGCAUUGUCUGUUACUCCAAAGUUUCCGGAGCGGUUCAGCCUUCCUAUCUGUAACGCGUUCUACGAGAGAACAGGGGAACAGCCGGGCCUCUUAUUACUAAAUGGUGAAGAGUGGGCCCGUGUCCGAAAACCUACACAGAGAUUGACCAACCGACCUACCAGUCUGGAGCCAUACUUACCGAAAAUCAGUAUCGUAGCAGACGACUAUGUAGAAACGCUCCGAAAGUCUUUGGUUAUGGACGAUGUACAACAAUCCUUAUACCGCUUCACCACUGAAAGUGUCGGCAUGCUUUGUUUCAACAAGCGUCUCGGGUGCCUUGACGGUGGACAUCGGUUGGACACCAUCAUCUAUGGUCUUGACAUUUUCGUGGAAGCUGUGGAGAAAGACCUGAGGGCCAUAGUGAGGCCGCAUAAAUACCUCAAAUUGAAGACGCCGUUUUACAGAAAGUUCGAAGAAAGUUUCCUAGCAUUAAGAAAUCUAUGUAAAGAACACGUGACGGAACUUAUUGCGGAGUUUUGUCGCUUGGAGGAGGAGGGAAAGCUUAAGGAAUACAUGGAAAAAGACCCCAACAUGGUAUUCACUCUUCUACAGGACCGAAGCCUUGACGAGGGAACCGUCACUACAACUGUUACAGACAUGUUCAUUGCUGGCGUAGAUUCUGCAGCGAAGACGUUAAGUUUAGUGCUACAGAAUCUUGCCAUCAAUCCUGAUAAGCAGGAUAAAUUGUAUGAGGAGCUCCAGGAAGCGGGUCUGACUGCGGGACAGCCUCUCACCAAUACAGUUCUGUCAUCACUACCCUACCUGAAAGCAUGCAUCAAGGAGUCUAUGAGGCUACAUUACCCGUCCUCUGGGGGACUUCUGAAGAACCUAUCCCAGGACAUGACCAUAGGAGGAUACCACAUCCCUGAGAAAACAAACGUACUGAUAGCUAACGCCGUAAUGGUGAAGGACGCUCGCUACUUUGACGAUCCCGAGGAGUUUAUACCUGAACGCUGGAUUCGCACCGAUGUCUCAACAUCACAGGUUAUCAAAGCGUUUUCUAAUUUGCCAUUUGGCCAUGGAAACAGAAAUUGUGUUGGAAGACGAUUUGCCGAAAGGGAGAUGCAAAUUGGUAUUGCAAAGCUGAUACAGAACUUCAGAGUCCGCCUCCCUCCCGGAUGUGCUUUUGUAUCGCACGACUACCAGACUUUUGCAGCCCCUAAGGGUAAACUAACCCUGCUGUUGGAGAACAGGGUGUGCUGACUGGAAGUACCAGCUGUUUAUCGUGAUUAUUAUUUACAUGUACCAGUUUACCGCCUUCGCACCAUUCCGUGGAUAAACAAAGUCGAUACAUUGAAGCCAGUUUUUUCUUUCGAAGUGAUAUUAUUUAUAGAGUACACUCAGAUGUAUCAUGCUUUCUAUAGAGGGCGAUGAGUGUAUCUAUAUCAAUUAAUCUCAUAUAGUUAUAGCUACGAUUAUGUUUGACAAUUUGUGUAUCUAAUAUCAAACUCAUGUUACAAUAUCAUGUUAUUAGUCUACUACUUCGAGAGGAUUACGCCAGAGUGGUACGUUAUGACUGGUGAACAAAUUAAGUUGGAUCGGUGGUACAAGAUACAAACGGACCUAAAUCUAUUUGCAAACAUAUUAAAUCUGGUACCAUCCAGGAAAUGAUACCAGACAUUACUCAUCACAGAUAUGUCCGUGUAAAAUACAUUAUUGAAAGCUUUGAGUUUCCUGCUGUACCAUACAACUUCAUAUCUAGGAGGUUUCAGACAAUUGAUUUGUUUAAAUCUCGGGAUGUUUAUCAAGAGUAUUGCAUGUUUCGGACCUUCAUCUGGUGUGACUGCAUUUUCCAAAGCAGACCGCCGUUCGAGAUGUAGUAAUGUUUGUCAAGAGUACAGACCAAUGAGAUUAUUCGAUAACAGUGCUGUCCACUGCAAAUUACAGUCACGGUAUAUCGGUUUAAAUUCCUGUCCCCAACGGCCCACCAUAUCUUACGUACUGAUAAAAUGAACCUUCAACAGUCAGCAAAGGAGUCCUCAAAGUCUGUAUCUGUAUAUGGAAUACAUGUGUCUGUAUAUGGAAUACAUGUUCUGUAUAUGGAAUACAUGUAUCUGUAUAUGGAAUACAUGUUCUGUAUAUGGAAUACAUGUAUCUGUAUAUGGA